GACUGAAAGAGGAGAAACAGUUACUGUGGACUUGUACAGAACUCAUCACAGGAACAACUCUCUCUGAGGUCUGUCGGAUCAGAAGCGCGUGGGACUCCAUUCUCUCCUCCUCAGUAGAUUCUCUUUAGAACCCCCACAGUGAAGGCAGAGUGAUACCUUUGGACAAUUGAAGCAAGCUCACACAUUUGCKUCAGGAAAUGUUCUGCUGCUGUUGUCCUCUGCCAGUCCAUGUUGCUUCCGUGAGGACUCGGCCACUACAAAGUCUACAACUGAAGAUAUGUGGUUUUGUCAUUUUCCUAUGGAGCAAUAAAGCCCAGCUGCUAUGUUCACUUUAUUACUGAGGGGAUUCCCAAGUUAUGGAGUUGUGUUGUGAGACCGUGAUGUCAGCAGUAGAACAGCAGACUCAAUGGAACUGCGCUGAGAGAGGGAAUGCACCAGUCUGUAUGGCUUAAACAGACCAUAAUAUAUCAUUGCAAUUCUCCCAACCAGAAUUGGUCCCAUUGCCUUCUCGGUCCUAGGAGUGUUGUCUUUUCCAAACCAAUCAAUGGAGGACACGUUGCGUUAUUCUAAGGAGUGGGAGUGCAUUCUUCUCAAUAAUGUAAACAAAUCCAAAUGUAUCUGUUAAUCUAGUAGGUAUUUAUGUGGUACACUUGACUUUUGCCCCUAAAUYCCUUCCUGAACAAACUGUAAAGUAGGACUACAAGUGAAGUCGGACUACAACUUUUGUUUUGGAGGACUACAACAGGAAGUUCAGUAGAACUAUAACCCCCAUUACCCACCAUGGUGUUGCCGCAGCCAGACAAGCGCCAUGUGUGCCUGACCACAAUGGUGAUCAUGACCAGCAUGGCCUUUAUGGAUGCCUACCUAGUAGAGCAGAACCAAGGGCCCAGGAAGAUCGGGGUGUGCAUCAUCGUGCUGGUGGGAGACAUCUGCUUCCUCAUCGUGCUGCGCUAUGUUGCGGUUUGGGUCGGGGCCGAGGUGAAAACUGCCAAGCGUGGCUACGCCAUGAUCCUCUGGUUCCUCUACAUCUUCGUCCUGGAGAUCAAACUCUACUUCGUCUUCCAGAACUACAAGGCGGACAGAAAGAGCCUGGAGACGGUGGCCCGCAAGGCUCUAACCUUACUCCUCUCUGUGUGCGUCCCGGGGCUGUACCUGGUCCUUGUUGCUCUGGACAGCAUGGAGUACGUGAGAACCUUCCGGAAGAAGGAGGACAUGCGGGGGAGGCUGUUCUGGGUGGCCCUGGACCUGCUGGAUGUUCUGGACAUCCAGGCCAACCUGUGGGAGCCCCAGCGGACCGGCCUGCCCAUCUGGGCCGAGGGACUGAUGUUCUUCUACUGCUACAUCCUGCUCCUCAUCCUGCCCUGCGUCUCCCUGUCUGAGAUCAGUGUCCAGGGGGAGCACGUCUCMCCCCAGAAGAUGAUGCUGUACCCUGUUCUUAGUCUUGUUACCAUAAACAUAGUGACGAUCUUGAUCCGUGGGGUCAACAUGGUGUUGUUCCAGGAUAGUAGGGUUUCCACAAUCUUCAUAGGGAAGAACGUGGUGGCCAUAGCCACGAAGGCCUGUACAUUUCUGGAGUACAGGAGGCAGGUGAAGGAGUUCCCUCCACAGGACCCUAGCAUGGCAGGUAUAGCAUUAGAGCUGCAGCAAGGGAACUCUGUGGGUCACAGCCACGGGCACAACCAGACCCUGCCCAAUGCCACCACUAGCCUCCCCGACGAACCCUCACCGACCGAGGUCAUAGACACAUGACCCUUGCCCAUGGAUAGUUACAUCCUUUUCACACUGUAAUGCCGAGCGGAUCCAUACUGUGAUGGCUUGGGUAUUUUUCUUUCACACUGUGCUUUCCAGCAACUACCAGCGCAGUACAGCUUGGCUUAGCUUGGCUCAGUAGUGUGAAAAGUGUGGCAAGUGUCUGAUCCUGGGCACAYCUAGACUGGACUAGACUUCUCAGAGCUCAGCUAGACUGGACUAGACUUCUCAGAGCACAGUAUGACCCCGAAAAAGACUGUUUCCGUCCAAUGGGGUGGCAGAAAGAAACACAAUUUUUCACUGAGUACGCUCCAGCUCAGGAAAACGGCCCAGCGCCUUGCCAGCCAGCCUACCAGAUGAACUGAUGAGAUCAUUCUGAUAAAGACUGAUGUGUUUUUCUAUUCUAUUGUGUGUGUUUCUAUACUUCUCUAUGGUGGACUAGCAGACAGACAGACAGACAGACACAUACAGGUGACCUCAGAUACAAAGCCCAGCUCAGCUGACAUGAGCUUAUAGUCCACCUGUAACCAGACCUGGGUGCAAAUACUAUUCAAAAUAAUUUCAAAUACU